AUGGCCACCGAGACCGACACCUUGUCGCUGCCCACCAGCACCGCGCCCACAGACGUCACCGAGUCGACAUGCAUGCCCAACUCCCACCCCAGCUUCCCGUCGCCGUUCCAGGCCGUCCCUCAGGUGCCCGCGGCCGCCGACUGGGAUACUAAGCUAGUUAUGCCGGACAUGCCUCACCCCUCGGCAUUUCCGCAUUAUGGCAUCGGGACGCCGUCUACUUUCGACUGUGGAAGCGGAAGCGGAAGUGCAAGUGGAAAUAGCAGUGGAACGGGGUGUUUUAACGAUGGUGGCAUGUUGUACCGCGCACAAGCCGAGAUGGAAAUGAGAGAAGGCCCCGGCAAGACCGUCGAAGAAGCCUGCCAGCGCUCUCUUAAUCACUUCCCGUGCCCGGGCCUUGCCUUUCCCAUGCCCGCCCUCGACUUCGAUUUCCGGCUCGCCGUCCGACUCAACCAGGAACCCGCCCGUGUUGAUACCGGCGCUACAAAGGAAAUCACAACGGUCGCUGCCGGCGUAUGGUCUGGCUCAUUUGGCCACGGCCGCGUUAUGGCUGGUGGAUAUGAUCUCGGCCAAGCCCGCGGGUUCCGACCCAUGAGACUCGUUGAAGGCGCCUUUGUUGUGCAGACUAGCGACGAGAUACCUGCAGUACUUGAGAUGCGUACACGCGGCUCCCUCUCGGGCCCGUCGGACGUCCUCGAUGCGCUCCUCAGCCCGCGCAGCCCCAAGGACAUUGACCCGCGCCGCUACGGCUUUCGCAUGUUUGCCACUAUCAAGACAGCCGACAAGCGCUAUGCAGAGAUUGUCAACUGCGGCCUGUGGGUGGCUAGCGGUGCCUGGCGUGGUGAGCACCUCGUCAUUGAUGCGUACCGCGUCACAUAG